AUGACCCUCAAGAUGCCUACUGUUUACUGGGGCAACAGACAAACAAACACAACAAAUCAGGCAGGGGAUUUCCAACUCAGCUGUUCAUAUAUAAGCUGGGUGCACUCGCAGUCUCCUCAGGCUCCUGUUUCUACUCCCUUGGUUGCUGAGAUGGCUACCUGCCUCUAUGUGAAUGUCCAUUCUCAGCAAUGGAAAUUAAUGACCUUCACUGCCUACUUGGAAGACAGAGUGAAGAAGAUCAAUGAACAUGUCCGGUCUAAGACCAAGGUUCCCGUGCAUGACCAGAUCCUUCUGCUGGGUUCGAAGACCCUAAAGCCCAUGAGGAAGCUAUCAUCUUAUGGCAUUGACAAGGAGACGACCAUCCACCUCACCCUGAAGGUGGUGAAGCCCAGUGAUGAGGAGCUGAACAUGACUCUGGUGGAGUCAGGUGAUGAGGGCCAAAGGCACCUCCUCCAGGUGCGAAGGUCCAGCUCAGUGGCCCAGGUGAAAGAGAUGAUCAAGGCCAAGACCGCUAUAACUCCUGAGAAACAGAUCGUGACUUGCAAUGGAAAGAAAUUGGAAGACGGGAAGAUCAUGGCAGAUUAUGGCGUCAGAAAGGGCAAUUUACUCUUCCUGACACGACACUGCAUUGGGGGGUGACCACCCUGGGGAUGGGGUAAUGCCAGGAGCAAAAGAGUUUAUUUCCUUUUGGCUCUUACUCACCAAUCACAUCCUUUGAUUAUUUCCCAAAACUAAUGAGAGAGAGAUAAAUAGAAGGAUAAGAUUUGGGGUGAAGUGGGGAGGGAGACUGCAGAAUACUUUCUAACUCUAUGAUUCUUUGAUGCUAACAAUUGAUUAAGUGGUAGGAUUGCAUAUAAUAUAUUACUUAAGACAAAAUACAUUUUUAAGGCACAUUAGAGAUAGCAUUCAAAGCCAGCUUGCAGUUUAAUCCUUUCUUGGUUCCUUCUGGUUUAUUAAAAAACUCCUGUUUCCUUUCCCAUCCAACAAGAUAGUGAGUUUUAGGUUGGGAUUCAUGUUCUCCUAAUUUCUAUGCUUCCAUCUGUGUUUAGCCCAGUGCUUCAUCUAUUAUAUUGCUCAAUAAUUGUUGGAGCAAAUUGAAUUUUUACUUAUAGAGAACAGUGAACUGAUUUAUUAUGAAGUGAAUUAAUUACUCUGACAUGAUUACAAUCAAAUUAAUAAAGAAUUUAGAAA